CGAGGCGCGGCGCGGAUGGGACGCCGGCGGAGUCAGCGAGCAUGCGCGUCCGCCGCGAGCAUGCUCAGUAGCGCGCGCGGCGUCCCGGAGCCUCGCCGCCGAGCCGCGAGCGACGCGGAGGUCCCCGCGGCUGCUGAGGGAGCGACAGGAAGUGAAGCGGCCCCGCCAGGCGAACGCGGCGGCGGAACCCGAGGCGGCGGAAGGGGCUCUGCGGCGACGACGUCGUCGACCGGGGAGGCCGAGGGAGCUGAGCGCCGAGGGGACGCUCCCGCUCGGAAGCCAGACCCCGAGGCGGGCAGGAUGGAUCAUCACCAGCUGGGGACCGGCCGCUACCAGGUGCUUCACAAUGAAGAAGAUAAUUCAGAAUCAUCUGCUGUAGAGCAGCCAUCUACUUCCAACUCAGCACCACAGACCGUGCAAGCUGCUCCUUCAGCACCAGCACUGGAAACUGACUCUUCUCCUCCACCUUAUAGUAGCAUCACUGUGGAAGUACCUACAACUUCAGAUACUGAAGUGUACAGUGAGUUUUACCCUGUGCCACCUCCCUAUAGCGUUGCUACCUCUCUUCCUACGUACGAUGAAGCUGAGAAGGCUAAGGCUGCUGCCAUGGCAGCUGCAGCAGCGGAAACAUCUCAAAGAAACCAGGAGGAAGAGUGUCCACCAAGAGAUGACUUCAGCGAUGCCGACCAGCUUAGAGUGGGCAAUGAUGGCAUUUUCAUGCUGGCGUUUUUCAUGGCAUUUAUUUUCAACUGGCUUGGAUUUUGCUUAUCUUUCUGUAUCACCAACACCAUAGCUGGAAGGUAUGGUGCUAUCUGUGGAUUUGGCCUUUCACUCAUCAAAUGGAUCCUUAUUGUCAGGUUUUCUGAUUAUUUUACUGGAUAUUUCAAUGGACAAUACUGGCUUUGGUGGAUAUUUUUUGUACUUGGCCUGCUCCUUUUCUUCAGAGGAUUUGUUAAUUAUCUAAAGGUCAGAAACAUGUCUGAAAGUAUGGCAGCUGCUCAUAGAACAAGAUACUUCUUCUUAUUAUAGAGACUGCAUCAACCCAACAUUCCUUUCUUAUACCAAUGUGAAAUUUCCAUGUCAUCUAUAAGCCUACAACUUUAAUAGGAUAGAAGACUACUAUAUAAGAAGAAAAAUUAAUGAAAGGUGGAGCUUCACAAUUACACAGCAGGGUGGUUUAUGCUUUCAAAAGCCAUUUCUGUUCAUUCCUUAAUUAUUUGUAUAUCAAUUGUUUUGCACAUUUGCAUAUGUGCCUAUUUAAACGAUUUGUAUCUACUUGAAAGAAACCGUAAAGUUGUAGCAGUAAAGUCUAGUCACAUUUGGUUAAUCAGUGUUUGAUAUAAUUGAAAGAGUUGAGUGAUAAACAGUCUUCCAGCAUGUAAAUGCUUCUGACUUGACCAUUAGUAUAAUAAAAAUUACAUUAUUAAUCUUGUCAGAUGCUUUAGUUUCUGGCUUUUAGAUUCAUCUAGUAAUUUUACACAUGAAAUAUUCUUCAUUAUAUAUGAAGUUUAUGGAAUACUUCUGUAAAUAAACAUAAGUUACUUUUUACAUUCUUUUAUUAGAUAUUGUGUCUAGGUAGCUUUUCAUUAAUUUUAAGUUAAGUAAACUAAAUAUAUACAGAAACUUUGUUAAAGAUAGUGGUUUAGGACAAACGUUAAGAAAAUGUGAGUAUGCCAGAUGUCCUUUAUAAGAAAAAAAAAAAUUUAAGCAACAAUACCAGUUUUAGAGAUUCUUCAAAUGAGAAGCUUGGAUUUUAGGAUUGCCCACUGUAGAGAGUCUUACAUGAAGAUAUUGUACCAGAUACUAUAUUUAUUUCACUUAAGGCAAUUAAAAAUUGAUUUACCAAAUAAGAUUCUCAUUUGCAUUUGUCCUUUAAAAAGCUAAUAAAAUUAUCUUUGAAUAUCACUGUAAUAAUUUUUUCUUUAAAUAUUUAAUUUGUUAAGAUUAGCAAAUAAAAUCUGUUCUGUUACUAGCACCUUGGUUUAUGACUGUAAAAUAAUUUGAGAAAGAGAAGAAAGAAAGAAAGAAAGAAAGAAAGAAAGAAAGAAAGAAAGAAAGAAAGAAAGGAAGGAAAAGAAAGAAGAGAAAGCAAGCAAGCAUAACCUGAAUUGAGAAACUCAAAAUACCUGUUUUCAUAUUAUGGAAAUGUUAUCUGUGGAGUAUCAGGCUGUGGGUGUGUAUGUGCUAAGAGUGUGCAACCAUUACUCAACUGGAAUCUGCUUUCACUACUAUGCUUGCUUGGCAUCUUGCAAAUCAUUUUGUGUCUCACCUGCUUUUCUUUUCAUUUUUAUCUUUGCUUUUGAAUGCCAGUGCCAACAUUAAAGAUGGUGGAAAUUACGUUACUGUUUAAACAUAAAAAUCAUUGCGUAUAGUUAUAUAGAACAUAUAAAAUUGAUUGUUAGACACUGACUAUAACUAAAAAGUACAUUAACCAGGGCCAUUUUUCCAUUUUUGAAAAAAAAAUAAAAUGUAUUAUGUUUUAUUA